AUGAGUACAAAAACAGUGGAAACUUCUAAAAAGAAGAACCAGUGCACUAUAUGCAGCAAAGUUAUAAUCGGUAGCUCUUUUAAAUUCCGAUCUCAUAUGUACCAGCAUAAGGCCGUAAAUUCACGAUUUCAGUGUGAAUACUGUUCCAACGAGUACUUCAGGAAAGACGUAUACGAAAAACAUGUUAGAGCUCACACUGGAAAACGCAAAAUGUACAUUUGUGACCACUGCGAGCGCGGGUUCGUCGAAAAGCGUAAUCUUAUACUCCAUUUGAAAGUUCAUGAUGAAUAUUACGAACCGCACAAGUUUCAGUACAAAUGCAUCGCUUGCGGCGCCAGUUUUUGCGAAGAAAGACUGCUUAAAUACCAUAUAAGAAAAAAACAUUUUAAUUUUCAAGAAAACGAGCCGACUUUCGUGCAAAAAGAACUGAAUGAGACUUGGGUGGAGCGUGUUCUGGAGUCCGAAGUUUGCGUCGAAAUAACUAAAGUGAACAACAAUAUAAUUAACAUUAAAAAGAGUUUGAAUAGCAAAGAGGUUACACCUAAAGAGAAUGAUGAAAAAUCGAGAUUUAAAGAGUACAUGUUCUCUGUAAUUGCGAGCAAGGAAAAAUCUCAAUAUUCUAAAGCUAUAUGUGAUUAUUGUAAAAAAGAGAUGCUUAAAAAGAGUUUGCUAGCUCAUAUAAGAGAGAGACAUUUGAGAAUUAAGAAGUUUUCCUGUGAACAGUGCAAGCAAGGGUUUAGCCGGCACUAUCAAUUGGUUGAUCAUAUUUGUGGGAAGUAUAAAAGUAGGGUGACAAAGUAG